CGACGUAGCGGCGCGAUAGCAGCAUUUCGACGAUCAACAUGGCGGCAAUGUCCAAGGCUGAGUAUCUGCAGCGCUACAUGACCGACGGAGAUGAGAAGGAGAAAAAGAAAAAGAAAAGGAGUAAAGCUGUUCCAAGCGGCGGGAAAGGCAUGAAAAUAGUGGAUGAUGAUGUAGACUGGAAGCGCUUUGUACCCGUCGAGAUGGAUGGAAAGGUGGAAGAAGAAGAGGAGGCUCCUGUGGUAGCUGAAGUUGUAGAUGAGAGGCCAAAAGCAGUGAGACUAUUGGAAGAGUUCAGGAGCAGUAUGCGGUGGAAACUGCUAAGUGCAGAUCAAAUGGAAGACUCCAGAAAUGCUGAUGGAAGCCAAGACUCGAGCUCAGGAGCCAGUAUACCGAAGAGGAUGCAAGGUGGUCCUAGAGUUCAACAUCGGUCACCUGACGUUUCAGUUUCUAGAAGAAGCCGCCACGACUCCCCAGGCCCGUCGCCACCAAGGAAAGGGCACCGCCACGACUCCCCGGACCUGUCACCACCGAGGAUGGGGCAACGCCACGACUCCCCGGACCUGUCACCACCGAGGAUGGGGCAACGCCACGACUCCCCGGACUUGUCGCCUCCGAGGAAAGGCCGCCACGACUCCCCGGACUUGUCGCCUCCGAGGAAGGGGCACCGGCGAGACUCCCCGGACUUGUCGCCUCCGAGGAAGGGGCACCGGCGAGACUCCCCGGACUUGUCGCCUCCGAGGAAAGGCCGCCACGACUCCCCGGACUUGUCGCCUCCGAGGAAGGGGCACCGGCGAGACUCCCCGGACCUGUCACCCCCCAGGAAGCGCCGCCAAGACUCUCCAGACCUGUCACCGCCAAGGAAGGGGCACCGACGAGACUCUCCGGACUGGUCGCCCCUCAGGAAGCGCCGUCAAGACUCUCCGGACCGGUCACCUCCAAGGAGUAGUGAAAAGCAAUCUGCAUACAAGGUCAGAAGGCCCACUUCACCACAGCGGUUACAAGAAGGCAAGUCUUGUGAUUAUCCGAGGCUAAUCUUGCAUUGCACAGUUUGUGUUUGUUUUAUUUUUAGUCAAAUUUGCUCAUCUUUUGCAGCUAAUUCUAGUACCAGCACAAAGAACAAACCAAAUGAACAUUCACCAGUUAGACGGAAGUCUCGCUGGUCAUCAGAAGUGGUCUCUGCUGACUCUUCAGCCCCUCAGGAGCAGAACAGUCGUGCAGCGGGGCUGCUGUCGUCGGAGGUUCGCCAGAAGGAGAAAGAGGAGAACCGAAGAAGAGAGAGGGCUGACAAAGUCCUGGAAGCGGAGUCCCGUCAGGCAGAGACUGUGGUAAGGGACAAGUCGGGCAAGAAGAAAGUCAUUGACCAAGAGCAGAAGGAGGAUAAGGAGAAGGCCGAGAAGGCUGAGAAAUACGCCCAGUGGGGGAAAGGGUUGGCACAGGGCAGAAUGCAGCAGUACAACAUGGAGGAGGCCUUGAAGGAGUCCCAGAAGCCUCUGGCACGCCAUAUCGACGAUGAGGACAUCGACAAGAUGUUGCGGGAGCAGGAAAGGGAAGGAGAUCCUAUGGCUGGCUUGCUGCGCAAAAAGAAAGAGAAAGAAGACCAGAAGAAGGGAAUAAAAGAGCGGCCAAAGUACAAGGGUCCGGCCCCUCCACCUACCAGAUACAACAUUCAGCCAGGCUACCGUUGGGAUGGAGUGGACCGGUCCAAUGGCUUUGAGAAACGACUCUACAGCCGCAUGGCAGACAAGAAGGCGACCCAGGAGAUUGCAUAUAAAUGGAGUGUGGAGAACAUGUAGUGGCAAGUGGCUCCCGUUCCAAGGGAAUACGCGUUCAGGACUCGGAGCUGAAACA